AUGAUACUGAUCUCGGGAUACUGUCUUUUAGUGUAUAGCGUUAUUUUGCCAGUACUGAUAUCGGCUUCUAAGUUAUGUGAUUUGGCUGAGUUACAACGAUUGAACAAGAAUUUAAAAGUAGACACUGAAUCCUUGCCAAAAUACCAAUGGAUCGCUGGGCAGUUGGAACAAAACUGCAUGACUGCGGAUCCAGCAAGUGAAAAUAUGUCAGACGUAAUUCAACUAGCCAAUCAAAUAUACUACAAAAUUGGGCUGAUCCAAUUAUCCAACGAUCAACAUCUAAGAGCUAUUAACACAUUUGAAAAAAUCGUUUUUAAUGAAACUUACAAAGGUUCUUUUGGGAAGCUGGCGGAAAAGAGGCUACAAGAGCUGUAUGUCGAUUUUGGGAUGUGGGACAAGGUGCAUCAGAAGGAUGAUCAGUAUGCGAAAUAUCUGUCCUUGAAUGAAACCAUCAGAAACAAAAUAUCAUCCAAAGACGUUUCUGUGGAGGAAGAUAUUUCUGAGCUGCUACGCAUAACGCCGUACGAUGUUAACGUCCUCUCCACGCACAUCGAUGUUCUUUUUCACAAACUAGCUGAAGAAAUUGACGUUUCGUUAGCUGCUGCUAUCAUUUUGGAUUACGAAACAAUCCUCGACAAGCAUUUGGCUAGCUUAAGCAUAGAUACAAGACUUUCGAUUCAUUAUGUCAUAUCUGUUUUACAGACCUUUGUACUUAACUCAGAUGCGUCGUUCAAUAUAAGAAAAUGCCUUUCCAUUGAUAUGGACUAUGAUAAAUGUAAAAAACUAAGCCUGACUAUUUCCAAAUUGAACAAGGUGAAUCCAUCAAAAAGACAGAUCCUGGAUCCAGCAACAUAUGCAUUUGAGAACAAAAAGUUUAGAAGUUGGGAUAGAAUUAUUGAAUUUUAUUUGAAGGAUAAGAAGCCAUUUAUUACACCAAUGAAAAUUCUUAACAAAGAUACAAACUUUAAAAACAACUACUUCUUUUUAGAGGAAAUUAUCAAACAAUUGAUAGAAGACGUUCAACUGUCGAGACCUUUGGCAAAAAAUUUAUUCGAAGAUCCCCCAAUAACCGAUGGUUUUGUCAAACCAAAAUCAUACUAUCAUACCGAUUAUCUAGUAUACAUUGAUUCCAUUCUUUGUCAGGCUUCUAGCAUGAGUCCGGACGUCAAGAGAGCUAAACUGGCUGCGCCGUUCUGUAAAAAGAGUUUGAGGCAUUCACUAACACUAGAAACAUGGAAACACUAUCAGGAUGCUAAGUCCGAGCAAAAACCUUUACCUGAGACGGUAUUGAGUGAUGUAUGGAAUUCCAAUCCUCAUUUGCUGAUGUAUAUGGUAAACUCAAUACUUAAUAAAAGUAGGUCUAAACCUCAUUCACAGUUCAAAAAGCAAUUAUAUGACCAGAUAAACAAAUUUUUCCAAGAUAACGGCCUCUCAGAGUCGACCAAUCCAUACGUGAUGAAGAACUUCCGAUUAUUACAGAAACAAUUACAAACCUAUAAAGAGCAUAAACAUCGGAAUUUCAACCAGCAAUAUUUCCAACAACAACAACAGCAGCAACAACACCAACGACAUCAAGCACCCCCAGCAGCGCCUAACUACGACCCAAAAAAGGACUAUUAUAAAAUUCUUGGAGUAUCGCCUAGUGCUAGUUCGAAAGAAAUAAGGAAAGCAUAUUUAAAUUUAACCAAAAAAUACCACCCAGACAAAAUAAAGGCCAACCAUAACGACAAACAAGAAUCAAUUCACGAAACUAUGUCACAAAUCAAUGAAGCGUACGAAACAUUAAGUGAUGACGAUAAAAGGAAGGAAUACGAUCUUUCCAGAUCAAACCCCCGCCGCAACACUUUUCCUCAGGGGCCUAGGCAAAAUAACAUGUUCAAAAAUCCAGGAAGUGGCUUCCCAUUCGGAAAUGGCUUUAAAAUGAAUUUUGGGCUUUGA